AUGAUGCAAAGUGCGGCGGUCCUACCGACAGAGAGUCCCGUGAAGAGUUUACCGGAGAUUCUCGGAGUGCCACUGCAACAGAUCCCUCAUUGCGCCGGCUGUAGUCAACACAUCCUGGACAAGUUCAUCCUGAAGGUGCUGGACCGACACUGGCACUCCAAGUGCCUCAAGUGCGCCGACUGUCAGACUCCGCUGGCGGACAAAUGUUUCUCCCGAGCAGGAAGCGUCUACUGCAAGGAGGAUUUCUUCAAGCGUUUUGGUACAAAAUGUGCAUCAUGCCAACAGGGGAUCCCUCCGACGCAGGUUGUGCGAAAGGCGCAGGACUUUGUGUAUCACCUGCACUGCUUCGCCUGCAUCAUGUGCAGCCGACAGCUGGCCACCGGGGACGAGUUUUACCUCAUGGAGGAUGGGAGGCUGGUGUGCAAGGUGGAUUAUGAGACCGCGAAACAAAACGAUGAUUCAGAGGCGGGGACAAAGCGACCGAGGACCACUAUCACGGCCAAGCAGCUAGAGACCCUCAAAAGUGCCUACAAAAACUCGCCGAAGCCAGCACGCCACGUCAGAGAGCAGCUGUCCUCGGAGACGGGGCUGGACAUGCGAGUAGUGCAGGUGUGGUUCCAGAACCGGCGAGCAAAGGAAAAGCGCCUAAAGAAAGAUGCGGGUCGACAUCGCUGGACCCAGUUUUAUAAAAGUGUCAAACGUAGCCGAGGAGGAACUAAAGUGGAGAAGGAAAGCUCGGCCGAUGACGCAGGACUCAGCGACAGUGAACUGAGCUUCAGAGACGACCAGGUGCUGUCAGAUCUCGGCCACACCAACGGGCUUUACGGGAGCGUCGGUGACAUGACCAACAGCGCGGUGCUGAACGGCGGCUUCUCCGUCGACGCAGCUGGACAACCGUACCACGACAUCCGGGCAGGAAGCCCCUAUGGUCUCCCUCAGUCGCCCUCCUCCAUCACAUCUUUGCCCGGCCACACCCCUCUUCUCAACAACCUGGGCUUCAGCAUGGACAGUCUGGUGGUGCAGGGUGGGACGGGUGGAGUGGGACAGGCUCUGAGGGCCAUGGCAGGGGGCCCAACCUCAGACCUCUCCACAGGAAGCAGUACAGGAUACCCCGACUUCCCCACCAGCCCCGCCUCAUGGCUGGACGAGAUGGACCAUUCACAGUUUUGA